AUGGCUAUUUUCACCCCAAGAGUUGUGUUGGCUUCUCUUCUCGCCUUGCCAGUAGCAUUAGGCCUUGGAACCCCCAAGACGUGCUCAAAUCCCACAUUGAGCUGUUCGACCAGCACUUCCACUGAUCUCUGCUGUGUCAACUCUCCCGGGGGACAAUUGCUUCAGACACAGUUUUGGGAUACAAGCCCCUCUACGGGCCCGUCAAACCACUGGACAAUUCACGGUCUAUGGCCUGACCAUUGUGAUGGAACAUAUGAUUCCAACUGCGAUACGGCCCGCGCAUACACAAACAUCUCCGACAUUCUGAAAUCCUUUGAUAAAACAGACCUCUUGGACUACAUGAACACAUACUGGCUUGAUGAAGAUGGAGACAACGAGAGCUUCUGGGAACACGAGUGGGGCAAGCAUGGUACUUGUAUCAGUACUUUGGAUCCAGAUUGCUACACUGAUUACACUCCAACCCAAGAGGUUCCUGAUUUCUUCCAGAAGACGGUUGAUCUAUUCAAGACGUUGGAUAGUUACACGGCACUAGCAAAUGCGGGUAUUACGCCCUCGAGCACAAAGACUUACACAUCAGCCGCAAUCUUAGCAGCGCUGAAAGCCUCAUUUGGCUACGAGGUCAUUAUUCAGUGUUCUUCGGGCGCGCUGGAUGAAAUCUGGUACUCUUACGAUGUUAGGGGUUCUAUUCAGACUGGGACCUUUGUUCCGACCGAUCCUGACGGCUCCAAGUCUGACUGCGCAACCUCAGGAGUAAAGUAUCUCCCAAAAUCUGGGGGUGGCACAGGCACUACUACCACAGCUACUACGACUUCACCUACAUCCACCCCAACUGGAACUCCAGGAACAUUCUCUGGCACUGGAUAUCUGAAUGCUAUCACUGGGGGAAGUCAGACAGGAUGCCUCAUCAGUGCUGGGACCUGGUAUACGUCUGGAACAUGUGCUACUUAUACUGCAGCUGCAUCCGGCUCUGGGUUCACCCUUAAGUCUUCGAAAGGACCCUGCGGUAUUUCGAGCUCAUCCUUUACUUGUGCAUCUGGUAACACUGCGACUGUUUUCACUGCUGUUGGUGGUUUACUUUCGUACAAUGGAGACACGACCUUUUACGCAGCGGCAGUGCCCAGUGGGUCGACCCAGGAGGCUAUCAGCACGAGUUCACAGAGCAUCAGCGUCAGCUUCCAAUGGCAAAGUCUAUGA